AACACCAAAAAAAAAAUCUAUUGGUGGAAGGGAGUGGGAGAACAUUGCUUUGCAAUUGCGGCAAUCGGGAGAAUUUGCGAGUCCGAGACAGAAUUUUGGUUUACUUUCAGACGGUGGGAGCUCGUCUUUGCUGCACUGAAUGCAGAAUAAGUUGGCCAAAAGAGAGUUUGAAGUUAUGAAGUUUGAUCCUAAGGGUUAAGAGCAACUAAUACAUUACCCCAAGUAAACUGAAAAGACACAAUGUUCUCUUUAUUUUAUGGCCUCUGGAAGUACAUAUUUAGUAAGACAGAAUUUCAUGUUCUCAUCCUAGGAAUCGACAAGGCGGGAAAAACGACUUUGCUUGAGAAGUUGAAGUCAUUAUACUCGAACUUGGAAGGUCUCUCCCCUGAUCGGAUUGUUCCAACUGUUGGACUCAAUAUUGGGCGUCUAGAGGUGUUGAAUGCAAAACUUGUCUUCUGGGAUCUGGGAGGUCAGCCUGGCCUUCGGUCUAUUUGGGAGAAAUAUUAUGAAGAGGCACAUGCUGUGAUCUAUGUAAUCGAUGCUGCUUGUCCAUCAAAAUUUGAAGAUUCCAAAUCUGCACUGGAGAAAGUUCUUCGACACGAGGAUUUGCAAGGAGCUCCACUUUUGGUUUUAGCAAACAAGCAGGAUCUUUCUGAAGCAGUAUCAGCUGAAGAACUUUCUCGUUAUCUGGAUCUUAAAAAACUGGAUGAAAGAAUUUACAUGUUUGAAGCUGUUUCUGGCUAUGAUGGGAUGGGGAUAAAGGACAGUGUUGAAUGGUUAGUUGAUAUAAUGGAAAGAAGUAAGAGAACCGAAACAUUGAGAGCUCGAGCAGGCGUUAGAGGCCCCUAAUUCAUGCAUCCUCCGGCCUGAGGGCACCCACACAAUCUGGCUUCCUGUCACCCGUUAUCUAGCUUUACUACAAAAAUGUAAUGAAAAUCUUGAUUCAAUGGCUAAUUGGUAGCAUUAGAUUUCCCAACCAAACAAGUACAGAAUUACAUGCGUUUGAUCCUGAAAAUGUUUUCAUAGGCAAUGUUGGCCUAUCAUGUUUCAUACAAAUGAUCUAAGCUUUGUCAUCCUUUAUUCUUAUAAAGUUGUUACAUUCUUGUUGGU